CUAAUUCAUGCAUUUCAAUCAAAUUAAUAAAUGUCACUAUAAAUUCAUUAUUUUUCAUUUAUUGCUUUUCAGUACAAUCAGUAAAUUCAAAUAGGAAGCAGAAUGAAGUUACUUUAUGUAUUACUAGUUUUUGCAUUAUGCAUUAAUAUGUCAUGGAGUUUUGAUGGCUCCUCAAGACAGUUAUUUGCUAUUGAUGGUCCACUUUAUGUCGAUUCUGCAAGUUUGAGACCGGCAGUUUUAACUCAUGUUUCAUCCAAUAAGAGAGCUAACUUCAACCAAAAUAACCCCGUGGAUUUUAAAAGUCUUCAAGCACUAAACUUGUUGACUAGAUUGUUAAGAAUUCAUAAUGACCCACAAACAAGUUUCCAAUUAGACACUGUUUUUGCUCAAAAUCAGCCAAUACAAACAAGUCAAAAUGAUCAAAAUAAAAGAUUUAUUGUCAUCAAUAAGACUCCUUACACUCAGAAUGAUUUAAUGCAAAAGCUUCAAUUCGAUCAAAUGAAUGCACAAAGAGAUCAGUUGGGAAGUAUCAUCCAUAAUUAUAAAGUAAACACUGUUAUUCCUCAUGAACGUGUUGUGAGAAUUUUUUCAGUUCCUAUUGUUAAAACCUUUCCUGUUCAUGAUGUUCCACAAAUGACUCACUUUACUGACCUUGAUGAGCUUAAUGCACAAAUUGAUUUUUUGCAUCAAAAACAACUUGAAAAGCUUAAUGGACACUCUCAAAAUGAUCUCAUGCAAUGGCAACAAAAUCAACAGCUGUUUCAGCAGAAUCCAUACACCCAAAAUGAUUUUCUGAAUCCAUUUGUGCAAAAUCAGCACACAGCUCCAAAUUUCAAUGAUAUUUUAGCUGCACAAAGCUUCCAAAACAAUCCAAUAAGCUGGCAGGUACCGUUCGGAUUGAUGCCAGAUGAAGAUCGCAAUGAUCAGCAAUUACAAGAAUUCGGUAACAAUUUCCAAAAUGAUCAAUUUCAAAAUUGGCAAGGAAAUUCCCAAGCAGAUCAGUUCCAGAAUUGGAAUGGAAAUUCACAAGCAGAUCAGUUCCAAAAUUGGCAAGGAAACGCUCAACAAGAUCAAUUCCAGAAUUGGCAUGGAAAUGCUCAACAAGAUCAGUUCCAAAAUUUCUUUGGACAACAACAAAAUAGUCAACGACAGAAUUUUGGCUCAUCCAAUGACUUUAUCAGCGAUUUUCAUAAUGAUGAUUAUAACUAAUAUAUAAGUCCUAAUCAAAGGUAUAUUAGGGAUUAAUAAAGUCAAGUAGAGUCCAACCUGAAACAAAACCUUUAAGCAUCUGUGAGGGGUACGUCGGGUAUUAUGAUAUGCCUUCCCUCUCAUCUCAUUUCUGAAUAAGUCAAAGAUGUCCUAGAUCUAAUCAAAUAUUUAAGACAUCAAGUCUAUAAACUUCUUUCCAGCACAAUGAACAGAAUUUAUUACAUCCUUCACAUGACAUCUUCAAAAUCAAUCCACAGAGUCCCCAAAAGCUUCAAAUCAACAAUUUCAAAUAUUUUUCAGAACUGCUGUUAUUUUUGUAAUUUUUAUAUUUCAGCCAUUCCAAAAGAUCUGCCUUCAUGCUUCUCGAAUUUUCUGUUAAAGGUGGAAUGUUCCUAAUUUUUGUCAUGUGAAUUUUGCGCAGUCGUUUUUUCACGAUUGCAGCAUCACUCAUUAUUCGAAUUGUUUGGAUGCACGACUCUUGUAAUAAUUCAUUAAUUUUUGUGUAGGCAUUUCCCAUCAAAAUCAUCAACAAUCGUUUCCAUGGAAAUUCAUCGUCAUAAAUAUUUCUGUAUGUCAAAUAAUUCCUAAAUGCCAUAAUGGCAUAUGUUUUGGUUUUAUCGUCACUAGUUUCAAUCAGAAUCCUUAACAAUAUGUUUUCAAUUUUCAUUUCAAUUGCAUGAUGCUUACAGUCAUCACAAUCAAGUAUCAAUGCUAAACAUUUAAGGGCUUUCGACUUUGAUGUGUUGUUGAUCAAUGAAUUGAGAAUAUCCAGUUUUGCAAACAUUUCUGGCUUCGAUGCGAUAAAAUUUGACAGAACGGAAAAGAAUUUCUCAUUUGAUGUGCUGACAAUGAUGUUUUGAAGCUCAACGGUGAAAUUAUUUGAUUGUAAAAGGAUUUUUAAGGCUGCGGAAAUAUCAAAUGUUCAAUUUACAGAAUAAAAAGCUUGAAAUUCUUUUGUCUUUACCAGAUGGAUUUUCACUGAGUGUUUGUAGAAUUUCCAUGCACGUGUCUUCUGAGCCAACUCGUGCAUUCACGAUAUCCAAAACUUUUUCCAUUAAUUCAUCAUUUGCUGCUAUUAAUUGUGACCCAAAAAAGUUUUUAGCUAUAAGAUUUAGGAUAUUUAAAGCCAAUGAAAAAGUUUUUGAAUUUGGACAAGAUUUAUGGAUUAAUUGGCACAAUUUUCUGAGAAUGCCAGCUUCCAUUCCACGAUAUGCAAAUAAUUUAUUCUUCAUUUCAUUCUCCAACUUUUCUAAAGCAAACUCGACAGCUUCUGCAUUAUUGCUGUCGAGAUCUUUGAUCUGUAAAUGUGAUUUUGAGUAAUUAAGAAGUUCUUGUCAAGAAUUAAUAAUAGGAAGUAAUGCUGAUGAUGUCUUGUAUGUAAUUAAAGUUUUGGAAUGUCAAAUACAUCAUCAUAUGUUAAAUCAAUGAUAAUCUGUAGCUUUAAAUUGCCUUUUUUGAAGAAUACGAAUUCAGUGAGGUGUGGCAGGCUACAAGAUUUUGAUGGGUGAAGAUCAUCUGGCAGACGGAAUUCCUAGGAAGUUUUCUUAGGAAUUC